UAAAAUAGCAAACUGUCUAACACACUACAAGCCGAAGUCACAUGGUUUUUUCCGUCGGAGUAUCUGCUCUACAGACCAGAGUAGAUUGCCCAAAGCAAGCUUCUUCUACCCUUUUCGGGUCUACAUGAAUUAGCCUGAAAUGCUCCACUAAAGCUACCACUAGUGAAAAUGGGGCGAGGAAAACUACUGUACAGAGGCUUCUUCUUGAUGAUGACAUGGCUUCUAUGUGCCAUGAGUAUGGAGCUCAAUGACUCGCCUCCUUGCUCUUUCCCUGCAAUCUACAACUUUGGCGACUCCAAUUCCGACACCGGCGGCAUAUCAGCCGCCUUUGUGCUCCGUGAGCCAUACGGCGGAGGCUUCUUUCAUAAGCCUGCCGGAAGGGACAGCGACGGCCGUCUCAUUAUAGAUUUCAUAGCUGAGCAACUGAACUUGCCAUAUCUGAGCGCUUAUCUGAAUUCUCUCGGAACCAAUUAUCGUCACGGCGCCAAUUUUGCCACAGGAGGAUCCACCAUUAGAAGGCAGAACGAAACCAUCUUUGAAUAUGGGAUAAGCCCUUUCUCGCUUGACAUCCAGAUUGUGCAGUUCGAUCAGUUCAAGGCACGCACCACUCAACUCUACCAACAAGCCAAGACCUCAAUGGAGAGAAGCAAGCUUCCGGUACCAGAAGAAUUUUCUAAGGCUCUAUACACAUUUGACAUUGGUCAAAACGACCUGUCGGUUGGCUUUAGGAAGCUGAGCACCGAUCAACUUCGUGCGGCUAUUCCAGAUAUUGUCAACCAGUUAGCCGCUGCUGUUCAAAAUUUAUACCAACAAGGAGGGAGGGCAUUCUGGAUCCACAACACAGGUCCUAUUGGGUGCUUGCCUGUGAACCUAUUUUACAAGCAUAAUCUACCACCUGGCUAUCUUGAUCAGUAUGGUUGCGUGAAGGACCAAAACGACAUGGCUAUAGAGUUCAACAAGCAGCUUAAAGACAGGGUGAUCAAGCUCAGGACGGAGCUCCCAGAGGCUGCAGUUACGUAUGUGGAUGUCUAUGCUGCAAAAUAUGGACUAAUCAGCAACGCCAAGACUGAAGGAUUUACGGAUCCGUUGAAGAUCUGUUGUGGAUAUCACGUAAACGACACCCAUAUCUGGUGUGGGACAAAAGGAAGUGCAAAUGGAAAAGAAGUGUAUGGUGCUUCUUGUGAAAAUCCUUCAGUAUCUGUUAGCUGGGAUGGGGUUCAUUACGCUGAGGCCGCUAACCAUUGGGUUGCUAAUCACAUACUCAAUGGCUCUUUGUCAGACCCACCAAUUCUAAUCACCCAAGCUUGUUACAGGCAUUAAUAACGGAAUGUGUCAGAACUAUAAGUCAACUUGGGUAUUCUUAUGGGAUGUUAUAAUUACACAUUGAAAAGAUGACUGAAUUCUAGUGAUGCGAUAUCUUGUGAUAUUGGAGGUCCUUAUAUUAAGAAAUGCUGCGCGCGAUCCUUUACCCU